AUGUUGACGUCCAUCAGACGUUAUCAUGACGAACAACAACGUGUACAGAAGAAAACUUUCACUAAUUGGGUCAAUGCAUGUUUGCAAAAGCUACCUGACCCAAUUCAUAUCAAUGAUCUUUUCAAAGAUAUUGGUGAUGGAACUACUCUUAUCCAUCUUCUUGAAGUAUUAUCAGGAGAAAAAUUGCAAAUUGAAAAUCGUCGUAUUCUACAAAGAGCUCAUAAACUUAGCAAUGUUCGUAAUGCUUUAGAUUAUUUAGAAAAAACAUGUAAAAUAAAACUUGUAAAUAUCAAUCCCGCAGAUGUGGUCGACGGGAAACCAGCGAUUGUUUUAGGUCUUAUAUGGUCGAUUAUAUUAUUUUAUCAAAUUCAAGGUCAUCAGAAAGUAUUAAAAGAUGCAUUGAAAUCUCGUCGUAAAAGUCUCUCGAAAUCAAUCGAUUCUGAUGCCACUGGAAAUGUUAGUAGCAAAUCUGAAGAGACUAGUUUAUCUGAACAAGUGGAUAGUACAAAAAGUUCUUUUCGUUCCCAUAAAUCAACAUUAGAAAUUAGAGUUACCGACUUCGGUUCAUCUUGGCGUGAUGGUAAAGCAUUUUGUGCUUUGGUGCAUAACAUUAAUCCAAGUCUUAUUGAUAUGGGUGAAGUUAUGCAUCGAAAAAAUCGUGAGAAUUUAGAAUUUGCUUUCAACGUAGCUGAACAAAGACUUGGUGUACCAAAAUUACUAGAUCCUGAAGAUGUUGACGUGGAUAAACCGGAUGAACGUUCAAUUAUAACAUAUGUAGCACAAUUUAUUCUAAUCGCUAGUUCACAUCCACCUAAGAUUAAAUCAAGAUCUGGUUCACGUCGAUCAAGUACUAACAGUUCGGAAAAACUACAAUCGCAACAGAAAUUAAAAGCAGCAAAUAUCGACAUGAAAACUGAAUCUAAAACAGAAAAUGAACAUCAUGCAGCACUUAGAUUAGCUUCAUUUGAACCUGACCCUGAAAUUGACCCUGCAUUAAUCUUGAAUGCAUCAACUACUGCUAAUUUCCUGGAACGUCGUCGUGCCAGACGAGCAAGUUUAAGUGGUCCACAAACUAUGGAUGAUGAAGCACUACAUAAUCUAAUUUUAGCUACAAGUCCUGUAAGUUCUGGGACUGGUGGUGCUUCUACACCUACAGACGAUGCCGCUAUUGCAUUAUCUUCAUCAACACCAGGUUAUACGCGUACUACUAUGUCAGGUUCUCCAUCUCCUCCUAGUUAUAGUACAUCACCACAUCGAUCUGGUCGUGCACGUUCAUAUGCUGGAUUACGUUUAUGUCGAGUAGCUAAAAAUGUAUCAAAAUGUCGUGCAAUUGCAAAUAUUCGUGUAACAGCUGAACCACCUCGAGCUACACGUCAUAUUGUUCCCGUUCUACAUUUAGGUGGAGAGGGUAAUGAACAAACAGAAGCGGAAAAAGAACGUGUUCUAUUAAUUACGAUUAAAGAAUUAAUUGCUCGAGUUCGACAUAAUCCAAUUGAAUCACAAGAUUUUCUCACUGAAUUUGAAAGUUUUCUCCAAGCUCAACUUGAACAUGAAAAUAUGGCUGCUUAUAUUCGUGAACUUGAUGAUAGAAGACGUCAAGGCUUAUUACUUGGCCUAAGACCAGAGGAAUUAGAACGUGCUGAAGCUGAAUGGAGCCGAGUGAAACCUGAACUUGAUGAAUGGCGUUGGCGUUUAGAUAAUGUAUUACCAGGUGAAUGGCGUCAAGUUGGUCAAUGGUUGUCAAAAUUAGAAAAAUGUCUAAUAACUGAUGCAUUGAUAGCUUCACAACUUGGUCUGGAAUUAGCUCCAGAAGCGAAAAAUUUGACUCAUGAAGAACGUGCAACACGACUUCGAAAUUGCUUAAACGAACAUGAAGAUAUUUUCAAUAAUAUUGAAGAUUUAAAUCAUUUAAUUAAUAAAUUAAGUGAAGAAAAUGAAAAAUUAAAUGAAAUCGCUGAAAAUGCUACAACAUCAGAUGUAUUAACUACAUUACCAACUCGUUUACCACAAAUUAUUGUUGAUUCAUUGAAAUCUCGUUUUAUCACAGCUUAUUUAAAUGGUCAAUUAACUAAACGACGUUUAGAACGUUUAGUGUUACGUUGGGACUUAACACAUAAAAUAACUAUAAUACGUGAACAUUUAAUUAAUUGGCAAACAAUUAAAUGUAAAGAGACAUCUGAAGUAGAUUUACAUAUUAAUGAAAUUAAAGAUUAUCUAUCAUCCAUGAAUAUACCUGAAGAUAUGGAUAAUGGCUUGGAUAAGCUUAAAGAAUUAGCAUUAGAACGCGAUGAUAUUGCGUGUCAAAUUGCUGAACAACGUGAAAAAUUGGAAGCCAAUGCAAAAUUAUCAGGUCCUACAGUAAAUCAACAAGCUUCCGUUAGUACCGGUGGUGGAGCAUUCAUUUUAACUGACUAUGCUGAAACUGAACGAAAAGAAACUAAUUUCUUUUUAACUUCACUUAAUACACGUUGGAAAGAUACAUGGUCGGAUCUAUUGAAUAUACAAACACAUUUAGGCGAACUUUCUGUUAAAUGGAAUCUAUACGAAACGGAAAAAUUACAUCUAAGCAACUGGUUAACAGAAGUGAGAAAACUACUUGCCGAUGAGAGUACGAGUGCUGAAGAACGUGAAAAAUUAUAUAGUGAUUUAAAAGAAUGGCGUACACGUGUAUCAGCUUUAAAUGAUCUUGGACAUGAAUUAAUGCAUAGCUGUGAUAUGACAGCAUCAUCUAUUUUAGAUAAUGAAUUGAAGAAUAUUAAUAAAAAUUGGACUGAAGUUACUACUGAAGUUAUCAAAUUUGUCGAUUUAGAUCAUGCUGAAGAAUUAAAAAAUCGUAAUUCUGAAGCUAUGCUUCGAUUGAAUGCAUUCAUCAAAUCAACUGAACUUUUAUUGGUCUCUGAUUUUGUUCUACCAGAGACUACUGAUUUAGAUCAAGCUCAUUCAGCUACAGCUAAUUAUCGUCAACAGUUAGAAGAAGCUCGUAAACAAUUACUUGAAAAAGCUCGAAGUGAUUAUUUGGAAGCUUUAAAAGCUGCUGAAGAACUAAUGUCAGCUGCUAAAGCUGGUCAAGCAGAUAUGGAACAAGCUGAAGCUGUUAUGGCAGCGGUUCGUGCUGCUGGUGAAAAAUUAGAUCGAUUAGCUAAUCAUUCUGUUCAAGCAAGAUUAGAUGAAGUUGAAGCAGCAACUAAGAAAGCUGUAGAAUUAGCUCUUCAACUAGCUCCAAUUAAUGAUUGGGCUCAAGAUAGUGAAGUUUCGACGGAAAUAUUAAAUUCUGGGUCGAUUGAAACUAAUCUCGAUUUAACUAAUUUAACAACAGAAGAAGCUAUGUCAAAGUUGAAGGGUCAUUUCACAGCCUUAGAAGAGCAUGAAAAAGCUUUACUUGAAGCUGAGAAACGAUUGAAUGAUUUAAAGGAAUCUGGUCUGCAACAUAUUGAUAUUAGUCAAUUGGAAUUAGCUACUGCGGAAGCUCGUCGUAAAGUCGAAGCUAUGCGUACUGUGGCUAAAUGUUAUGAAAAUGAGUUAGAUAGACGGAAAUCAGCUGAACAAUCUUUUUCAUAUGCUAUAGUAAAUAUAACUGAUUGGUUAGACGAAGCAGAACGUCUAUUUCAGACUGAUGUAUCAUUUGAUUUUGAAGAACAAUUGCCUAAUACAGAAGUUAUUCAAGAUAAAUUAAUUGCAAAUGAAGAAUUUUUAAGAAAAACACAAACAGCUGGUCAAGCUUGUUUAGUUGAAUUGAAUCGAAGUUAUGAUAGAUUAGUAGAAUUAUUCUCAGGUAAUGAAGAAGAUAUGGUUGAAAAUUCUGCUAAUCCAAUUAUUCAACCAGAUGAAGUUAGUAUGAAUAUAUUGUUGGAAGCCGCAAAUCAAGUGACUAAAUUCCGUGAUCGAUUUGAUGAGUUGAUGUCUAAAGCUACUCGACGUCAAUAUGAACUUAAAUAUGCUUUAUUAGAAGCUCGUCUACGUGAACAAUUAGAUAAUACUAAUAAAAUUUUAAAUGAUGAAGAAUUUCGAAUGACAUCUGGUGAACAUUUGGCUAGUAUAUUGUCUGAUCAUGAGUCUUCAUUUAAAAAUUCAGAAUUUUAUACUAUUUGUGAAAAUAUACUACGUGAAAUGCGUGAAUUAGAUGAACAAUUGUCUUGUUUAUUUCAAAAUGAUGCAAAUUAUUAUAGUAAACGUACAACACAGUUACAACAAGAAUAUAAUUUAUUAACUGAACGUGUUGGAAAAAUAGCUGUGAGAUUACGUAACCUACCGGAACAAUGGGCUGAUUUUGAUGAUAAAUUAAAUCAUUUAUUAGAUUGGACAAAUGAAGUUGAAAAAUUAUUUAAUCAUUUACAAAGUGAUCCAUCUAAUACAAAGAAUAGUGAUGAAAAAACUGCCAUUGAAUUAGCUUCACGUUAUCGUGCUAUGUUGUCGAGAUUUGAAGAAAUGACUGGUAUGGUUAAUGAACAGAAUGCAUUAGCUGAUAAAUUAAAUUUAAUGUUAGUUGAUUUAUCAUUAGACGGUGGUGUAUCAGCUGGAGAGAUAGCAGCAAAACGAGCUGCAUUAACCGCUGCAUUAGGAGCGUUGAAAGAUUUAGGCAGUGAAAUGGAUUCUGUACUAACUCGAGCUCCAUUAAUAGCUGAAACACUAGAAUUUCGUGCCAAUGCAGUAACAGAACGUAAAAAAGCAAUUGUUGUUCGUGAAGCAUUUGAACAAGCUGUACAAGAAGAUGCAGAAAUGUUGCCAAAUGAUUUAGAAUCAGUUAAACGUAUAUUAGCUGAACGUGAAGCUAUGGUAGCUAGAUUAGCUGAAGAAAGAGAUGCUAGUUUAUUAGCUAUGAUUCAACGUGGAUUAAGUGUUAAAACUGAUGAAAUGUUAGAUUGGAUUGAACCAUCUAAAAAUGAAUUAAAAGCUACUUGGGCUGAAGUAGAUAAAGUUGCUGAAACUGGUUUAAAAUCUUUACGUCAAACUGCUGAAGCAUUUGAAGCAUUUGAAGAGCACAAACAACGUAUUGCAAAUUUAUUAACUGGUACAAAACAUUUAAUUAAUGGUCAUGCAAGUGCAUCCACGACAGCCGCAUUUACUAUGGCAUUAAUUGGUAAAGAUGGUACGAUUGAUAUUGAUAAUGUUACUAAUGCAUUACAUAUUGAUGAUGAAACAAAAUUAUGGGCUAAUUCUUCAUUAGCAUCUGGUGUUGCUGGUGUUAUUGUAGCAAGUGUUGAAGAAGCAACUAAAGCUGGUCAAGAAGCUGUACGUGUUCAAACAGAUGCAAUUCUAGCACAAUUAGAUGCAUUAAACAAUGCAGAAUCAGAUUUAAAAGCAUUAAUAGCUGCUGCACAAACUAUGAAAAUGCGAUCAACUCCAGAACGUGCUUCAGAAUUAGAUGCAACAAUUCAAUAUUUAGAAAAUCAACUUAAUACAGCUAAACAAGAAUUAAAUACUAAAUUAGCUAAUUUACGUGCAGCUAAUGGUAAAUGGGAAGUAUUUUAUACAAGUACAAGUGAAGUUGACAAAUUACUUAAUAAUUCUGAAUUAAAUUUAUCCAAUAUAACUAGUGUACAACCAUUAGCUAAAGGUAAUUUAAACGUUACUGAAUUAGGUUCUGCUGAAUCAUCAGCUAAAGCUGCUGCCGCUGAAUUAGCAUUAUGGUAUGCAUCAGUAAAUAAUUAUUUAAAAGAUUUACAAUUAUCUGAACAACGUUUAUUAUCUUUAAAUGUUAUUUUUAAAGAAUUAUCACAUUAUUCACCAUUAGAUACUACUGAAAUAAAUGAUAAUAAUAAUAAUAAUUCAUCGGAAUCAUUAGUAAUUAGUUCAGAAAUAUCUAAAGCCCAAAAUAAAAUUCUUAGUUUAUAUCGAAGACAAAAAGCAUUACAAAUUGCAUUUAAUCAACAUUCACAAUCAUUGAAUACAUUAAAAGAUUAUUUAUCACAAUAUCUUAAUCUUGUGCCAAAUAUUGAUAAAUAUUUAACAGAAAUAGAUAAUAUUGCUAAAACAUUAUCAUCACCACAUAAUUCAUUUAUUAAUUCAUUGGAUGAUUUAAUUAAUUUACGUAAUACACAUCAGGCGCGUCAAAUUGUACAUAAAUCAAAAUAUACAGAAGAUCGUAAUCAACUAUUAUGGUUGGCUAGUAAUUUGACUAGUUGGUCACACUUAAAAGAAGCUAAUGAAGCGUUACAAUCGCGUUGGGAAAGUGUUAACUAUUGGUUAAUUGAGGAAUCUCAAUAUUUAGAUGAUUUAUAUAAUAUGUGGACAGAAUGGAAUAAAGAAGCUGAUCAGUUUACAUUACAAAUAACUAAUAUAGAAAAAGAUGUAGAACAAGAAUUAAACAAUAUAAUCAAUGAUAUAACUAAUCAAAACUCUAAAGAUUCAUCUACUGAUCCAAUGAAUAAUAAUAAUACCAGUGACUUAGAUUCUAAAGUGAAUAAAGCUAGUGCAUAUCAAGAUCGUCUGUUGAUGCUGACACAAACUCAAAUACACUGUCGAACCUUAUUACCAGUGGAUACGGCAAAAAUAACAAAAUCUACUGAUCAAUUGUCAUCAUCAUUAACAGUAUCCACACUCAAUGACACUAAUAAUAGUACACAAUUCACUAAUAUUGCUAUCAGUCCACAUAGUAUAGCAAUUAAAUAUCGAGAAUUAGAGGAACAUUUAAAAUGUGUACGAAUACAAUGCGAAAAAUUAAAUAAUGAAUUAGAAAAUCAAUUAGAUGCACGUGAUCGUUUAUUUCGUGAUACAGAUAGACUAUUACAAUGGAUUAUGUCAGCAGAGAAACGUAUGACAAAACUUACACGAAUUUGGGUAGCAGCAAGGCCACCAAUUACAACGAAUAAAUCCUAUGGCGUAUUACAUAAACCAUCUUCAAUUAUGAAACAACGAAAUGAUCAAAUUGAUUCUGAUAAACAACAAUUAAUUGGUGUUGACUUAUCAGAAGCAUAUGAACAAUUAAAAACUUUGCAAAUUGAAGCUACUGGUCCACGAAUGAUUGCUUUAAAAGAAUUAGCUAAUCAAAUUGAAGGUGAAGACGUUGAUUUAAAUGAUUUAUACAAUAAAAUGGGUAGUCGUCCAGGGAGUAAUCGACCUGGAAGUAAUCAUAGUAGACCUACUAGUGAUCGGUCACGUAGUCGACGUUCUGUUUCAUUUGAUUUAUUAGGUAAGGAAAAUAGUUUUGAUUCAACUACAAAUGAUGAAAUUAAUCGUCAGUUACAUGAACGUUUAAUUCGACUUUUAAGUAAAUUAAAUCGUCUUAUCAGUCAUCUUAAUCAACGUACAAUACUUUGUCGUUUAACUAUUGAAUAUGAAUAUUGUCGUCAAAAUUGGAUACAAGAGAUUAAUUCAUUGAAUUCACGUUUAAAAACAUUUGAAAAUAAUUCAGUUGUUGUAGAAUUAAAUGUAGAUAAGAAGAAAAAACAUUCAUCGAAUAAAUCUAUUGAAGAUGAUAGAAAACCAUCUGUUCAAGAAAAUGAAGACUCUGUAGGACAACAACAUAAUGAAGAAGAAAUCAAUAAGAAUGAAGUCAGUAUAGGAGAAAAUGUCACAGAAUCUACAAAUUUAACUCACCAUGACGAUAAUUCUAUUCAGACUACCACUAUUACUACUACUACUGAUACUAGUAGUAAACAGCCAAUUACUUCAAUUGAUCUAUUUCAAUCUGCCGCAGAUGAUGCUGAACGUAUAUUAUUUCGCAAACAAACAAUACAAUCUGGUAUUGUCUAUCAAUCAGAAUAUAAAAAUUUAAAAGAUGAAAUUGAUAAAUUAAAACAAUUAAUCAAUAAUUGGCAAGUUACAUUAGAUUUUACACGAUCAAAUAUCAUUGAAAAUGAAUUCGAUGAAACACCGAAUGAUUCGAAUUUAAUUGGACCAAAAGAACUUGAUGUGGCUGUUGUUUCAGUUGGUCUUAUGUUUGUCACCAAUAUUGAUUUGAAUUGGUCAUUUAGUACUGGAUUCAGUACUACUACUUCAAUGACAACCACAACGAGUGCUUUAACCACUAGCACCACUACCACCACCACGACAACUGCUUCAGGUGGUACCAUAAUCACUUCAGAUCAGUCGACAAUAUUACAAUUAGAACCAUUUAGUUUUUUUAUAGAUAUUGCUAGAUUAUCUUCUGAAUGUGAUAAAUUACAUGGAAAAUUAAAAGCUAAUUUAUUACAUGUGAUUGGUGUAUGUGAAAAUUGGCAACAGUUAGUUGAAGCACGUGAUAGAUUAUUAGAACAAGUUAAAGAUUUACAAUAUCGUUCAUCAGGAGCUUGUUAUACAGUUGUUCAAUUAGGUGAUCCAUCAAAAACUGAUAAACCUAUUGGUAUACGUUUGACACGUUUAGGUCAACAGUUAUUAAAUUGGCAAGUUGAAUUAAAUUCGGCUGGCACUACUACAGAUGAUGUGAAUGCAUUACAAACUGAUAUUAGUAGUAAUAAUAAUAAUAAUACUGAUAAAACUAAUUUACCAAGUGAAGCUGCCACUAUAGUUCAAAGAUUAAGUGAUCUUCGACGGGCAGGUGAACGAAUUGUUGGAUUAAAUCCAGCCCGUGGUCCGAAUGUUGAUAGUUUAUACAAUACAACUGUACAAACAAUACGUUUGUGUGCAAUUUCUCUAGGUGAAAUUGGUCGACAUAGUAUACUGUUAUUUCAAGCAUUAUCAAAACGUUCAGAAUGUUUACAUCAAUUGACAGAAUUUCUUGAUGAAAUUGAAAAACAAAGUGGUCUUAUUCCAGCUAGUGAACAUCAGUCAGUUUUCGGUAAUGCAAAUUCAACUGAACAAAAUCAAAUGAUUACAGAUGAUCAACAAAUUAAUAUUUCUGAUAAAAAUGUUAAACGACCAAUACCUGAACAAAUUGCAUCACAAUUCACAAUGUUUGAAUGUAUGGAUCUAUGUAGAUUGUUAAGUGUGGAUAACGUCAAAGAAGUAGAACAACAACUAACACCAUGUCAAAUUGCAUUAGAUUCAUUAAUGAAUAAACAAAAUACAUAUUUUAUACAAUUAAAUCAAUCAUCUUCAUUAGCAUUACAGACAUUUAAUGAAUUUCAAACAGAAAUAUGUAAAUAUAAUAAUAAUAAAAUUGAGGAUAUGGAUGAAGAACAUAAACUAUCCGAGAAACAAAUAAAAUUAGACCCAUUUCGUGAUGCAAUAGUUAAUCGUUGGCAACGAUUACAUUUUCGUUUAGAAACUAUCAUACAACAAUUAUAUAUUCGACGUAGUGCAUUCAUAUAUUUAGAAGAUGGUUUUAAACAAUUAGAAUAUUGGAUUGAAACAAAUGAAUUAAAAAUAGAGACAUGUAGUUCACAAUUGGCAGCGAAUGCAGCGACUUCUGCUAUCCUAUCACCAUUUAAUCUUCAUUCAAUAUUGCCAGCUGACGAACAAUUAAAGUAUACUGAAAAUCCUCAAUUAAUUCUUGAUACAUUUAAUACAGAAGUUGUUUACUACUCAAAUUUAUUAAACAGUAUAAAUGAUCGUAUCGAAGCUGAUUUAGGAGAUCGUGUAUUAUUGAGAAAAACAUUUGAUAAUUUAGAAUGGCGUUUACAUAAAUUACAAAAAUCUUCAGAUCAUUUAUUACAACAAUGGAAUGAAGAAUAUGAAAGAUGUGAACAGUUAAAAGUUGAUCUACAUCAAUUUAACACCCUUCUAGAAUCAAUUAGUAAAGAGUUAACAUAUUGUUUUGAUCCUGCUAUUUGUAAUGUUGAAGAGGAUCCAAAUAGUUUGACGAUGGUACAAUAUAGCCUCACUGAUAUACAAAGCAUUAAUAUACAAGCAAAUAAUUAUUUAUUACAAUUAUGCAAAGCACAGUGCAUUCGUCAUCAUCUUGCACGAUUACGUGAUCGUUCAUUAUGGUUACAUGAUAGAGCUCAUUUAUUAGCCAUUGGACCAAGUCGUUAUCAUCAUCGUUCUAUUCAGCCAUUAAAAAUAACUCAACAAGAAGCGAAUUUAUCCACCAAUAGUGAGAAUACAUCUACUGAACUAUUUACCGCAUCUGUUCUAUUAGAAAGUGAAUCAGUCUCUUUAAAUCAUCGUUUAUUAGGUUUAGUUGCAAGAUCUACAAAAUCUGUGCAUAUUUUACAUUCAAAAAUUAGUCAUAUCUUUUUUGAUGCUAUACAAAAUUUUCAUAAUUGGUUUGAUGAUUUACAUUCAAGAGUAAAUGAAAUUCAUUCAGCUACACUUCCAAUGCAUAUGAUAACAAAACCAAAUGAUUCAAAGCAACUAUUGACUGAUACAAAUCAAUCAGUGGGAAUUUUAUCCGUAGAUGUGUUGUCAUCUAAUUUGAAUACAAUUCGUGCAACUGUAGAAGAUUUAGCUAAGAAAGUUCAAUGUGAAUCUAAACUCGACAUUUUAAAAGAAUUAGCUAAAAUAAUGCUACGUUCAAACUAUAUAGACAUCGAGCCUAGUUUAUCUGAUCAUAUAAAAGAUGAUGAGGUUGACGAUGUUGACGCUCAAGUGAAGAAUGAAAAACAACCAUCAGUUGAUGAUUUGCAAACAUCACUGCCAACAGCUGAAUCUCUUUUACAGUCUGUUGAAGAUAAAGUCGAACAAUUCACUAAAGUAGUAGAAACAACUGACAAUAAUCCACCUUCAUCAUUAUCAAUAUCAUUAUUAUUAACAAAACUCAACUCCUCUGAUGCUUCUUCCAUCUUUAUGGAAUCUGAUAAUUCAAUAAGUCAGUUGCUUCGAUUAUGGGACAGUCAAUUAACCAAUAUGUAUAGUGAAUUGAAACAGAUCGAGUUGAAGCUUGAUGCAGCACAAAAAGUUGCUAUACAGUCUAAAGAAUAUGAAAUUAAAUUAUCCGAAAAUGUGAUUAUUUAUGAAGAACGAUUUAAGCAAAUUAUUUUAUGGCAACAAUCAAUUACUAUUGAAUCGUGUAAAAUUCGUCUUAAUAAAUUACAAGAUUUACUUGUCCAAUUAAACGGGGAUAGUACUGAAUUAAAACAAGCUCAUGAAGCAUUUAAUCAAUUAGUUAAAUUAUGUAAUCUAUCAUUGUUUCAUGAGUUCAAUAAUCAAUCAACCGAUUCCAUUAAUCAAAAUGAUAGUCCUGAGAAAUUAAAUGAAAGAUUUAUUUAUAAAUCUACUGUACUAACGGAAAUUGAGUCUAGAUUAAAUGUUUUACAGUUAUGUUUGGAAAAGGCUAUUAAUCAUACUAUUGAGGUGACUUCUGCCUUAGAAACUCAACAACGUACAUGCAAUGAUGCGAACAAUUGGAUUGAAAAUGUUACAAGUCAACUUCAUCAGAUUAUCACAGAAAGACAAGAAACACCAACUAAUCGUGAUACUGCUCAAAAAUAUCUUGAUUUAAUACAUAACCUCAAUGUAAUAUCCGACGAUGGACGUGCAAAAAUACAAUUAGCUCAAAAUACCAUUGAAAUUGCAUGUAAUUUGAUUUUAACAUCGGAAUCAUUCUACAAUAAAAUUAAAAAUAAUUAUAGUUUGCCACCUAAGAUGGAACAAUCAAACAAUAAUGAUCAAACCAAAUUGGAUGAAUCAAAAUCAAUGGAAUCAUUUACAGAGAAUGUAUUAUCAUUUCAUUCUACAUUUAUAUCAGAAUUCAAUGACCAAUUAUUAAAUUACUCAUCUAUGUUAAAUAGUCGUUUCAAUGUUUAUUUAAAUGAAAUUGGGACCGUUUUAAAUGAGAUACAACUUGACUUAAAUCAAUGGACGUCUUAUGUUGAUUCAAAAUUACGUUUAGAAAAAUGGUUGAACAUGGUGGAAUUUGAUUGGAAAGUGAAUCAAUUAACUGAUUCUGAUGAAGUCGGAGAUAAUUUGACGAAUAAAAUGUACUUUGUUACAUUAUACAAACAACGAUUACAGGAUAUUGAUUCCCAUGAAAGUCUUCUUAACACUGUAAUUAGUUGUGGAAAUCAGUUCAAUCGAAGAAAUUCAGACAAUAUGAUUAGUACUACUGGUACUACUACUACUACUAAUAAUAAUAAUGAUCAAGUAGUUCUUCCUACUGAAGAAAUCCAAAAUUUUCGAAAACGUUUUGAAUCACUUCAGAAUUUUAUAAAUACACGUUUAAAAUUACACCAAAGUCGUUUAGAAAGAUAUAAAAAAUUUAUGGAACAUAAUCAGAAAUUUGAAGAAUGGCUUUCUAAUACAGAGACAAAACUUAAUUAUAUGAUAGAAGAUAUCGUUGGAAGAAUUGAACAUUUAAUUCCAGAAAGUGAAUCCUAUUCUAUUACAUCAAAUAAUGAAUACAAUCAGAAUUUAUCAAUAGGGACUCAAUUUAUUAAUAAAGAUAAUAAUCUAUCAAUAUACAUUGAAAAGAUUGAUAAAUUAUGGUUAUCUAUCAUGAAUAAUGCUGAAAGUCAAUUAGACACAUUCAAUUCAUUAUUUCUAUCAAUUGAAAAAGAAGUAGAACAUCCAGAGAACUUCCAAAUAAAGAUUAUUAACUUUAAAAAUCAUAUAUUUCUUAAUUUAAAACAAAAGAUUAAUGAUCUUAUCAAAAAUUUAAAAGAAUAUCAACAUUACAAUGAAGAAUUUUUAAAUCAACUGUCAAGGUCACAAACUUAUAUGAAUAAUCAAGAAAAAAGAAUUAUUCAAUUUUCAACACGACAAUUAUGUAAUUCUAUGCCAGAUUCAAUAAUGAUGUUAAUUGGUAGUGAUGGUAUAGUGAAUUUACCUGAUAAUUUAGAUGGUAAAUUAUUUUAUAUUCAAACAUUAAAACAAAUUUCAAAUGAUUUAAAUCAUUCAGAAUGUUCUAAUUCCAUCCAAUUGUUACAUGAUUCGCGGGAACAAUUAAUUUCAAUAUUGAAUAGAAUUAAACAAACAAGUUUAUCUCAACAAAAUAUUCUUAUAAUAAAUAAUAAUUAUUUAGAUAAACAUUUAAAUUAUAUAAAUAAUUAUUUGAAAAGAUUAAAAAAAUAUUGUGAAGAUUUAACACAAUGUUGGCAAUUAGCAGUAGAUAAUCAUUUGAAAUUUCAAGAAACGUUUCAAUCAUGUUCAAUGGAAUUUCAAAUGAUCAAAUCAGAGUUUAUUGAAGGUUGUCCAUUUAAUGAUGAAAUAGAAUUAACUAAUACAUUAAAUAAUAAUGAUAAUAAUAAUCAUGAAAUAUCUCCGAAAACAAAAUGGAAUAGAACCGAUCAAAUUUAUAAUCAUUUCUUAGGAUGGUUAUCAAAUUUAAUGAAUAAACUUGAUCGAUUCACUGUAAUAUCUUAUCAAUCUUGUAUAGAAUUAUUACAACUUACUUCAUUAACAACUAGCUUAAAAGGAUAUAAUUUAAUGAAUGAACAAUUAAUUGAAUUAAAAAAAUCAGCUGAACAAUUAUCAACUGAUCUUGUUGAAUUAUAUCAUCGAAUUGAAUUAACAAUGAUUGAACAUUUAAAGAUGGAUCAAGAGAAAUAUGAAUUAAAAAAUUGGUUAAAUGAACAUGAACAAAAAUUAAUUGAAUUGAAUAAACCAUUAGAAGUGGUUUUAUCAUUUGAUAAUAUCAUUUCAUCAUCAUCAACAUCAUCGGAAUCUUUGAGAUCAUCUUUAUUUUCAUUAAACGCAAUUUUAUCAUCAUGGUCUAUGUUAAUGAAUGAAAGACAAUCAAAUUUACAAAGUUUUCGACGAGUAUUCCAGAAUCUAUCUUCACGCAGUCAACACUUAAGAUCAUUUGAAGAACGUCAAUCUUUAGUUAUUUCAAAUUAUAAAACUUACAUAGUUGAUCGUGUAAAUAAAUCAGUCAUUUCUGAUGACAUUAAACAAAUUAUUUCUAAUGUAUCAAAUAGUGAAUUGAACACAGAUUAUAGCAAUUUGAUAAAUUAUAACAAAGAGUUGAUAAGUAAAAUUGAAAAAAUCAUUAAUCAAGACACUAAAUUUAAUGAUCUAGCUCAGUCAUUAUUAUCUGAGAUCAAUACACUCUCAGAUAAUCUUCGUAUUCUGGAAGAAGAUUUUUGCGACAUGAAAUCUCAUAUUGUGAUGGAUAAUAAUAAUAAAUCAGUGGUCGAUUCACAAGAGUUGUUAUGGACACGUGAUCUAGUACAGUAUAAAAUCAAUGAAUUAAAUCAACAAACACGAGAUGUUUCCUUAAAGAAUAUCCAUGAAAAAUUGAACAUACUCGAAGAGAUGUUCAAUAGUUUAAUUAGUUUAAAUAAUCCAGAGGAAAAUUUGGCAAAUGAAUUACUUAUUUCAAUGAAAAAUCAAUUGAGUAAAUUAACCGAAAGAAUUGAUCAACAGUCAGCUUUAUUAUCUUUGAUACUUAAUCAAAUGAAAGAUAUGUCUGAAAAGAUUGUUCAACAUAAAGAAUGGUUUUCUCACUUGCUAAUUAAAGUAGAAUCAAUUGAAACGGAGUUACCUGUUGACUUAGAGUCUAAAAAGACAUUAUUAGUACAAUAUCAGGAUAUUCUAACUGAAACUACGGAACGCAUUUCAGAAAUAAAUGUAAUCUUAAAAGAUUGUUGCUGUAACAGUGCGACAUCAUUUGUUUCUCAGAAAUCAGAAAAAAUUACUGAAGAGUCAACAGAUCUCAAUUUGAAACCAUCAUCACAUCCAGUUAAAAUGUAUCCUGUUGAUGUUCAAUUGGUCAAAAGUUUAAAAUCACUUCAUUAUGAUAUGAAUCAAGCAUUGGAAAGAGUAAAUUUAAAUUUAACUCGAUGGAAGCGUGCUAUAACUCGGCAUGAGAAUUUAAUUGAAUCUUUGAAAAAUCUUGAGAUAAUUUUAACAAGAUGUAUUGUUAAUACUUUCUAUUGUGCUAAGCAUAUGUUGAAUUUAGAGAUGGAUAUGAAUGAUGAGACUACAUUGCUUAGAUUUCCUGUAAGUAGUGUACUUUCCAAAUGCGUAAAUAUUAUACAAACAUAUGUCAGUACUGAUUUAGAUGAAGUCAACAGAUUAUUGGAUGAGAUCAACUUGACUUAUGAUAGUGUCGUACAAGAUACAUGUCCAGAAAACAUGAAUAUCAUUAAAUUACAAAUUAGGAAAGAUCAAAAUCAGUUUACAAAUUUAGAACAUAAAAUACACACAUUACAAGCUUAUUUAACUAAUCUCAAUGAUCGUAUUGAGUUAUUCACAUCCAUUGAUAAUAAUUUGAAUGAACGAAUCUACAGCCUUUAUAAUCGUCUUAAAUCUGAAAGUAUAAAUUUAUGCUCAACUCAAAUUCAAGAAAUUAAAAGAUAUCUUAAUAUUUGGCGUGGAAUUAAUGAAAAAUUCAAACAAAUCCAUCAAGAUUAUAUGAAUGAAAUUAAGCCUUUAAUCAAAGAAUUUCAACACUUGAAAGUUGAGCAUUUACAAUUUUUAGAAUUGUAUCAGAAAAAUUUCUCAUUUGAAUCUAAAUCAGUUACAAAUGAAGAUCAUUGUUUACUGGAACAAUUACCUACUAUUGAAUCAAUCACAAUUCAAUCUAUUUUUGAAGAACGAAAUAAUAAACUGCUAGAGAUUAUUGAAUUUAUUAAUGCGGUCAUCAAAUCAAUCGAUGCCAUCAGUUCCACCUGGUCUCAAUCUGAACGAAAGUUCAUUCAUUGUCACUCUUGGAUUAAUGGACUUUCAAAAAAAUUCAUGCAAAUUUCUCAAACCAACUUGAAAACUGAUAUUACUAACACUUCAGAUGGAGGGGAAGCAGUAGUAACUGAACCCAGUAACCAGUCAUCACCAGUAUCGCCUUCUAGUCAUAUUUUAAAUCGAUUAGAUCAAUACACAGCUCAAACUUGUUUAUCACUUCUAAAAGAAUUUCAAACUGAACUGAAUCAAAAUAAUUUAUAUUUUGAUGAAUAUCGCAAUGCAUUGUACAAUGUUCAAUCGUUAGGUUCAACGAUCGACUGUUUGUUUAAUAUAUUCAAACAAUUUGAUGUUGACGUUAAUGAUGAUUUAAAAUCGAAUCAUUCUAAUUUAAUACAAAAAUUAAGCGAAGAACUUGAACAGUUUCAAAUGAGUUGGGAACAAUUACAAACUGAAGUGAAUACUACCCACCAAACGAUGUAUCAACAUUUAGAACAAAUGGAACUAUUUAAUUGUAAACAAUUAUCUCUACGUAAAUUACUCACAGAAAUUGAACAAAAAGCUUGUCUAGGACCUUGUUCAACUACUAGUGUGGUGGAUUUUAAUGAAUUGGAAAAGGAUACAAUGAAUUGUUUAAAUGAACAAUAUGUUGAUGAAGUUGAUGGUAAUAAUAAUAAUCAAGGUGAAAAUAGUUAUGUUGUCAUUUUUGACAAACUUAUGAUUGCUCAACAAAGUAUUGUGGAUUGGUGGGAGGCUUUUAUUCAACAAAUCGAAGAAGAAAUUCCUAGAAUCAAAGAUGAAUUGAAAACUAUUAACAGUAUUGUCUUUCCCACUCCCACUGGAUUACUGAAUCAAUUGUUACAUGUGGAAGAGAUCUUAGCUAAAGCUCAUGAAAUCUUAAACGUAAACAAAGAAGGUUUAACUGGUUUAAACGAUAUGAUUGAAGCUUGGAAGAAUUGGCAACAUUGGUGGUUUGUUGACAGCGAAGCAAAUACUAUUCAUGAUGAUCAUGGUGAAUUAUCUAAUUUUGUCAAUAAUAUAAAUGCAUUUAACAUAGAUGGUUAUUUAGAUAAUAAUGAAUUCAUUAAUUUACAAAGAAAAUUAGAUCAACUUUAUAAAUUAGGUGAAUCUGAAGCUAAUCAUCAAUAUUCAUUGAUUUUUAAUGAUCAUCUCCCUUUAAUUAUUGAUUAUUUAAAUCAUAAAAUUGAUUUAAUUAAUAAAUUUCUUGAUGAAUUUCAACAAUUUACUAAUAUACUUAAUGAUAAUGAAAUAAAAUUAAAAAAAUUCGAGACAUUUUUAUUAUUAUGUAAUUAUAAUCAUCAAAUGAAUAAUUUAAAAGAAAAUUCUUACAAAAAAUUACAAUUAUUAAAUAUUGAUUUUAAUGAAAUAACAUUAAAUUAUAUACAAUUAAAAUUUUCUUCUGAUAUAUCAGUGUUUUUAUCGAUUCAAUGGAAUGAAUCAAUAUUUAUUGAUUUUUUAAAUCAAUUUUCAAUCAAUGUUAAAUUAUUGAUGAAAUUAAUUCAAUCAAAUAGCGAAAAACUCUACUCUCUGGAAAAAUUAGCCUGUACGCUUGAAGUUCCAAUAACACAGAGAAGAAAACAAAUGACAACAUCGACGGAGACAACAACAGUGGUAACACAUGAUGACGGUCGUAGUGGUCGUAAAUUAAUUGAAUUAGACAAUGUCACAUCUCGUUAUUCAGAAUUAGUUAAACGUGCUCAAGUGGUUGUUAAACAAACAGAUUCUUGUAGAGACUUAUUUAAUAAAUUAAUGUCUAAUAUUAGUUCAACUAGUGAAUGGAUCAAGCAAUUGGAACAGAACAUUUCAAAUUAUGCCAAUCUCUCUGGAGAUAGACAUGUUUUACAAACUAGACUUGAAUUAGUGAAAGAUUUAAACUUAUUGGACAAAGAAGCUAACGAUCGUUUCACUGAUAUGAAUAAAUAUGCUAUGAAUUGUUUCCAACAAUAUAUACCUAAUAAUCGUGAGAGUUUGGAAUUAAUUGAAAUUACUGAUAGUGACAAAUCUCAGCAACUUUACGAGAGCUUUUUAACCAUACCUAUGUACUGUGUUAAACUGUAUAAAAUGUGGUUUGAUUGUCGUGAAAGAAUUGAAUUUAUUACUAAAUCUUUGUCAGAUUCUAUAGAGACAUGGCAGGUAUUCGAAGCAACAUGUGAUACUUUACAAUUUACUUGUCGUCGUAUUGAAAAUUGGUUGAAAGAACAGUCUACUUGGCUUGUGGAUGAACCGGAACAAAUUAACGAGAAAUUGGAAUUACUACAACUUAUUAAUGAUAGGUUGGAGGUGAAAUUCAGCAUAGAUGCUUCCAAAUACUGUGAAUCAUCUAGUAAGAGUCUGUCAAGUUGUCGACAUGAACAACAACGAAUUUUAGAAUUGCUGGAUGAGUCAGAAUCACAAGUUGAUCUUUUAAAUUCCACUCUAAAACGUUUACCCAAUCACCAUCAUCAGCUGUGCUCUGAAGAUUCAACAACUCUGGACGAAAACAACUUGGAUAAUGUGCAUACAAUAACAACAACGGUAGAAAUGAAAACUGACUCGUAUGAUUUAGCUUUGAAUUGCAUAAAAAAUCUCAUGGUCACAUUUAAUUAUUUACAGAAAAUAACCAGAGAAAUGUCAGAUCUUUGGAAUACUCGUUUAAAACUUUUCACAGAAUGGAAUUCCAAAAUACAGAAUGCAGAAACUAAUUUGUCGAAGUUAUGUUUGCGUAUGGAAAAAAUAAAAGAACAAUUUAGUCCUUUUAGUGAAGAGUUAGAAAAGUCAACAAUAAUUUCCGACGAAAAUGAUAACAGCGGAUCUUUUAAAACUAUUGAAGACAAUUUGAUGUUAGUAGAUGAUAUUAUGAAAGGGCGUGAAGUAAUUGGUGCUGAGUUUACUGAGUUACGCAGUCGUCUAUGUAAUUUAUCUACUUUCAUGAAUCAUAAUGGUCAUAAUGAUCGACAACAAAGAAUGGGAGAUCUACAGCGUAAUUGGGAAGAGUUAGGUAAUAAUCUGUUGAAUUUACAACGAACUCUUGAACACAAAACUACAAUUUGGACUGACUUAAUCUUACAAGUGACAAAUAUAUUCAAUUGGUUUAAUGAAUUUAGUGGGCGUAUGAAAGUGUGGCAUGAAUCUUGUCCAUGGCUGUCCAUGAAUACACCUACUGAACUUUCCGACAUUUUAUCACCAAAUACUUCCAAAGAUUCUUCAAAGACUUCAAUAAUUUUAAAUGAACUCAAACGUCAUUCAAAAGAUACUAGUAAAUUCCUUACACAAUGUCAGUCUAAUUUAAAUUUAGCUAGAGCACAACAUUCGAAAUUGUUAUACUUCCAAUCAGAAUUAAAUAGUUCUCAGCGUCAGUGUACCGAAAUUCAAUCUGAUGCCUACAAUCAAUUGUGCAGCAUGAUGAAUGAAUCUAUUGAAACAAGUAAUCAAAUUGAAAAUCAUCUAGACACCACAAUAUCGAUUGGAACAAUUUCAAAACGAAAUUAA